GUGGCGGUAAUGCACCUUAAUUUGGCUCGGAAAUCGGCAAUAAACCAUAAUCAUAAGAGGAGGAAGAAGAAAUAGAAGUAGGAGUGUUUGUGUCUAGCAUGAAAGCGUAGGAUCUGUAUACAUAUAUGAGUACGGCCUUGAUAACCAACAAGACUAAUGCUGUCAUCGUUUUAAAGCACACGCUCGACGGACAGGUAUGGGGGCUGCUCCCAGCAAGGAUAAGGAUGGCACUGGAAAGGAGGAAUCACAGCACAAUGGGUUUGGCCAAAACAACAAACAUGAUGACAAACUGCCUAUAAUUGACAAAGAUGACUUGAGGAAGCAGAGCUCCAGCAGCAGACACAACUCAGGAGAGACAGUUCACUGUCCGACCUGCCAGGGUACUGGGCGGAUACCCAGAGGUCAAGAGAGCAAGCUGGUGGCUGUCAUCCCCUGUAAUGACCAGAGGCUGAGACCCAGACACACGAAGCUCUACGUUGCUGUGUCUGUUGGUGUGUGCCUCCUGGUCAGCGCCCUGGUAUUGUUCUUCCUGUAUCCUCGCUCUGUCCUUCUGUCUCCGGUAGCCGUCAAGUCAUCCUUUGUUUACUUCACAGAAGAUGAUGUGCUAAUUAAAAUCACGAACGUGUUGAACAUCAGCAAUCACAACUUUGUGCCAGUGCAGGCUUAUAAUCUGACAGUGCAGGCCCUCAACUAUGACACAGUGGUGGGAACAGUGUCCAUUAAGAGCGUCACCUCUGUCACACCUCUGUCCAUCAAAACGUACUCCUUCAUGAUCCCCAUCACGCUGACGGACCCUGGUCUGUGUAACUACUGUAAGACGGCGUCCUUUCCUGUUCACACUCUGUAUCUGCACCUACAGAUGUCUAUGACAGUUUAUUACCUGGCCCACUAUGAGCAGCUCUCCCUGGAGACGUACGAGUACAUCGACUGUGGAGCAAACAGCACCCUACCACACAGUGUGGAGCAAACAGCACCCUGGUGAAUGGAUGGAUAAACAGAUGUACAAAAACUAAGGACAUACUAUUGUGAGGUGCAGUAGUGUGGUCUUCAGUGUCUCUUUCCCGUGACCUGUGUCAUUAAAAUGUUCACUAACAUUAUACCUGGAUGCUGUCUAUACUCGUCUUACUCUAAAGGCCUGCAGAGGAAAGGUGGAUCUUUGUAACUUUUAUGCCUAACCUGUUCUAUUAAAGUAAGCUUUGUUUGCCCAAGUAGUUUGUGCACUGGUUUACCUUGAUCAGUCAUAUCCAAUUAAAACUGCUGUAUGUUGUCUGUGUACUACUUUGUGUACUACUUUGUAAUUAUUCAUAACGUACAAUAAAUUUACAGUAUAAUAAUAGUGUUACCACAACUGUCUUCAAUAAAACAGAAAUGCUAAAACAGUUUUAAAGCUUCACUAAUCAAUAUAUGUAUAUUUAACAGUGGACCAGAUGACAGUGUACAUGAUAGACCAACAAAAUAGUAUUGCCAACUGUGCAGUUCCUCUCAGAUGUUGCAGUUCGUUGUUUUGGUUUUCCAUCCUGUAAACUGCUGUCACCUGCAUCUGCUUUAGUGGAGUUUUUUUGUUGUUGUUGUUUUUACUCAUUUGCUAGAGUUUUCUCAAAUUAGUAUCCAGUAUCAGUUCUUUGUUUAUUUUACCAAAGGCAAAGUUUGAGAAUUUCAGAUUUGUGGAUUACAGUCCUCUUCUAAUUCUUCUGUUGCGCCCUGUUCUGCAUGUGAAGUGAGUAACUGAUUAACUGGCAAGGAAAACAAAUGGGGUGUCACGCUCUAAACUCUGUAUCUGCAGUAUGUACUGUAUACGUGUAUGUGUCAUAAAACUUUUUAAAACUA